UUGCGAAAGCAAUGCAGAAGGUAGGGGCGGGCAGUGAAUGGGAAAGGAGGAAGACUGCUGCCCAGUUGAGCAUCCAGGACUGGACGUUUCCUGAACAAGUCAGAAGGACGUACCCUCAACAUGUGGCUGUACUUGGCAGCCCUUGUGGGCCUGUACUACCUUGUGCGCUGGCAGCGGGAGAGGCAGGUGGUGAGCCACCUCCGAGACAAGUACGUCUUCAUCACGGGCUGUGACUCUGGCUUCGGGAACCUGCUGGCCAGACAGCUGGACAUGCGUGGCAUGAGGGUGCUGGCUGCGUGUCUGACUGAGAAGGGGGCCGAGCAGCUGAGAGCCCAGACGUCAGACAGGCUGGAGACGGUGACUCUGGAUGUCACCAAGACGGAGAGCAUCUCUGCAGCUGCCCAGUGGGUGAAGGAACACGUGGGAGACAGAGGACUUUGGGGCCUGGUGAACAAUGCAGGCAUUAUGCCCCCAAUUACAUACUGUGAGUGGCAGAAAACUGAGGACUGUGUGAAUACCCUCAAAGUGAACCUCAUUGGGGUGAUCCAGGUGACCUUGAGCAUGCUUCCUUUGGUGAAGAGGGCUCGGGGGAGGAUUGUCAAUGUCUCCAGCAUUUUGGGAAGAAUUGCCUGCAUGUCUGGAAUCUACUGUUGCUCCAAGUAUGGGGUAGAAGCCUAUUCGGAUAGUCUGAGGCGUGAGCUUCAACAUUUUGGCGUGAAAAUCAGCAUAAUUGAACCUGGUUACUUCAAAACAGGAAUGACAGACAUGAACAAGACCUUAGAGAAAAUGAAGCAAACCUGGGAAGAAGCCCCUGAACAUAUUAAGGAGUCCUAUGGACAGCAGUUUUUUGAUACCUUUUACCAUGGUAUCAAACAAGGUCUGUUGGGACCUUGCACAAACCUGAACUAUGUUACUGACUGCAUGGAACACGCUCUGACAUCUGUGCAUCCUCGUACUCGAUAUUCAGCUGGAUGGGAUGCUCAAUUUUACUUCAUCCCUUUAUCUUAUUUACCUACAUCACUGGCAGACUAUAUAGUGACUCGAUCUUUGCCCAAACCAGCCCAAGUAGCAUAAAAAAACUGGUUUGGUGGCUCUGGGAAUGAAGAUAAAAGUCAAUUAGUUGUUAGUGUCUUAGGAAUCCUUAUUUAGAACCCAAAAUUUCUGUCACAAUAAUCUUUCUUGCCUAAACUCAUUUAUCUGACAUUAUCAGAGAACCAAUAUGUUUAUAUUUCAGAUAUUCAAGGCUAACUACUUUAGGUGAUUUAUCUUUAUAAUUUUGACCAUUUUUUUACAAGAAUAUUUCAAGAAUGAAUCAUUCUUUCUUUCCCUAUCAAACAGAGUAGAGUGAGAACAAUUUAACUUGUUUGGGUGUCAUUUAUUUAUGUAUAUGAAUUGUUCAUAACCUGUUGCUCAGAGACUACUGAGAAAUAUAUGGGUCUGUUUAUCCUUACUUGAACUGGGUCAGUACUAUGGUGCUUUUAAUAAAUAAUUGAUUUUUCUUUUUCUUC